CACUAAUUGGACGACUUCCCCAUUCCCCGUCCCGCGUCGAUUAAUUACCCUCCUGCUCUCAUCUCGCGACCUCCCCGACCUACUCCCAUAGCAUUCCCCACGGAAUACACCUCGUCGCCGCUGGCCGCUCGUGAGAGAGCAAAGGAGAAGCGGAUCUCCGCUUCUGCUCUUUCCGUCGCCGUCGGCUUUGUUUUCUUUUCUCUAUUUUCCUUUUCGUGUCUAAAGUAAGAAUCAUUCUUCUCGAGGCGAAUGUCGGAAUCGUCUUUGUGGUAUCGGUGCUUCUGUUUUGGGCAUGAUAUGUUUGUUUUUUGUUACGAUCUUGUUCCAUAAGAUCGAUUUCUUGCUUGGCUGGAGAUGAGGAGUUAUCUUUUUAUUCCAAGGCAGUGCAUUAAGGGCCAUUGACAUGGAGUAUCUGAUGGAAUGGACUGAUUGUAGAGACGGAUAUGUAUGAGGUAGUUCAUGUGUAGGUUGAGAAUCCAAGCUAUUGAUAUCUUUACUUCGGGGGAAUUGAUUUGUCGUGAAUCUUGGAUUCCUAUCCAAGGGCAAUUUGGUAGGGCCAUGUACCUUUAUCUUGGAUUUAUAUCCAAAGGCAACCUGCUAGGGUUAUGUGCCUGCAGAUUGAGUUAAUCUGAAUACUGAAGUGCGUGAGGUUAGCAUAUAGACAGCGGCGGAAGAAUGGAGAAACAUCUGGAAUUUCUUUAACUGGUUUAUUCUUCAGCUGAUAUAUUUUUGUGAAGAAGUGGUAGUAUGAUGGCUGGGAAGUGAUUAGAAGAUAUCACUCCUAUCAUGGCCUACUAUGUGUGUGUAUGUGUGUGUGUGUCUGUACACACAAACACCCACACUCUGGGAAUUUUGUUGUCUGUGAUAUUUGAGCUGAUUUUACAAUUUAGUGUGUCCAUAAGCAACAUAAGAGUAACCGGAGGGCAUUGUCAGAGCUCACACAAAUAAAGUAGAAAAACUAGAAGGUUUGACCUGCUGAUACUUUCCUGUUAGCUGCACAUUCCAAUGACAAUUGUACCAUUUAGAGGUGCUUCAGUGCCUCGGAUGGGAAUACAACCUCAAGCAAUACUUAGGAAUGCAUAUCCAGGAGUUAAGGCUUGUCAUUUUGCUAAUAUGGUGUUGAUGCCUCAAAUUGGAGAUCCUGGAGCAGAACAGAAGUUUAAGGAGAUUAGUAAUGCGUACGAGGUUAUUCCCUUUGUCACGAAUAUACUUAUUCAAAACUGGUAUGGAGAAGCUGGCCUCAAAGGUGCUGGCAUGGGCAUGGGGGAUUUCAGCAACCCAUUUGAUAUCUUCGAGAGAUUAUUUAAAGGCAUGGGUGGGAUGGGCGUAACCAGAGCUGCUCGCAACAGGGCAAUGCAGGGGGAUGACGAGAGCUAUAAUCUUCUCCUAGAUUUCAAAGAGGCAAUUUUUGGUGUUGGGAAGGAGAUAGAGAUUACAAGGCUGGAAAAUUGUGAAACCUGUGAUGGUUCUGGCGGCAAACCGGGUACAAAUCCAAGCCAGUGCAACAUUUGCAGAGGUCAAGGGCAGGUUUUCUCUUCAGCAAGGACACCACUGGGUGUAUUCGAGCAGGUCAUGACUUGCUCAACUUGUGGCGGUGCAGGUGAAAUCUCUUCCCCAUUCAAUACAUGCAGAGGAGAUGGUCGUGUGUGGAGGAUAAAGUGGAUAAGCCUGAAAGUUCCAGCUGGAAUCGAUUCUGGUAGCCGGUUCGGUCCGAGAGGAACGCCGGAAGGAGAGGCAGCCCUCCUGGAGACCUUUAUGUGUUCAUUGAAGUUCUCUCAGAUCCUGUGCGGAAGAGGGAUGGAACCAACAUUCUCCAUACACAAUCUUAGGGACCACUUAAAGGUUCCAACGGUAGAUGGCAUGGUGGAUCUAAAGGUUCCGGCAGGGACACAGGCAGGUACAACUCUGGUAAUGGCUAAGAAAGGGGUUCCCUACCUCGGAAAGCGGAACGGCAGGGGAGAUCAGUUGGUUCGUGUGCAGGUGGAGAUCCCAAAGUCUGAGCAAGUCCUGUUAGAAUAUGUGGCCUUUUAUUGAAUAAGAUAUAUAAUAGAAUUGGGUUCCGUUGCGAUA